GAGAGAGGCUUCAGAACAGGGCGCGCACGCUCCCCCCAAACAAAGAGACUACUCGGGCAUUAUUCCAUCCACAGUGCGAGAGCAGAAACAUCCCCCCUUUCCACUCCAACGAAGCCUAACGAGCAUCCUCUCUUCCACCAAAACAAAUCACCAUGACUGCAAACGGAACCAGUGACAUGCUCAAAAUCCAGUUUGGGCUCAUCAAUUGUGGGAACAAGUAUCUCACAGCCGAGACAUUCGGGUUCAAGAUCAAUGCCUCAGCGACCAGCAUGAAGAAGAAACAGAUUUGGACCCUGGAGCAGAACGGUGAUGACUCCAACAUUUUCUUUCUGAAAAGCCACCUCGGACGGUACAUUGCAGCAGACAAAGAUGGCAACGUCACAGGUGACAGUGAGACCCCGAGUCCUGAUUGUGGGUUUGUUAUCACUGCACAUGAUGAUGGGCGCUGGUCCCUGCAGUCCGAGCCCCACAAGCGUUAUCUGGGAGGCACCGAAGACAGAAUUACCUGCUUUGCUCAAACCAUCUCCAUUGCCGAAAAAUGGAGUGUCCACAUUGCUAUGCAUCCCCAGGUCAACAUCUUCAGCUUGACGAGGAAGAGGUACGCACACCUGAGCUCCAAGCAAGACGAGAUUGCCAUUGACAGAGAUGUUCCUUGGGGCGUCGAUUCCCUGAUCACCUUGGUGUUCCAAGACCAGAGGUAUCACCUGCAGACAUCCGAUAACCGGUUCCUGAAGAAUGAUGGCAGCCUGUCGCUAAAGCCUGACAAGACAACAGGAUACACGUUGGAGUUCAGGUCUGGGAAGGUGGCGUUCAGAGACUGUGGUGGUAAAUACCUCGCUCCCUCUGGUCCCAGUGGAACCAUGAAGUCCGGCAAGAGCUCCAAGGUUGGGAAAGACGAGCUUUUUGUCCUGGAGCAGAGCCAUCCUCAAGUGGUGCUUACUGCAGGCAAUGAGAGGAACGUAUCUACAAGACAAGGCAUGGAUCUCUCUGCCAACCAGGACGAGGAGGGUGACCAGGAGACCUUUCAGAUGGAGAUCAGCAAGGACACCAAGAAGUGUGCUUUCAGGACCUGCACUGGGAAGUACUGGACCCUCACUGCCAAUGGCGGCCUCCAAUGCACCGCCUCCACCAAGACUGCAAAUUGCUAUUUCGACAUCGAAUGGCGUGAGAAGAGAAUUACUCUCCGUGCUGCCAAUGGAAAAUAUGUUGCAGCCAAGAAGAAUGGGCAGUUGGCAGCCACUAUCGACUCUGCAGGAGAGACUGAGGAGUUCCUCAUGAAGCUCAUCAACAGGCCAAUCAUUGUCCUGCGUGGGGAGCAUGGCUUCAUCGGCUGCAGGAAGGUGACCGGGACCCUGGACUCCAACCGCUCCUCAUACGAUGUCUUUGGACUGACGUUUCGGGAUGGCGCCUACAGCCUCCAAGAUUCCACUGGAAAAUACUGGAUGGUGGGGAGUGAGACUUCAGUGGUCAGCAGCAGUGACACCCCUGUUGACUUCCUGUUAGAGUUCUGCGAUUACAACAAGGUGGCCCUCAAGGCCAUGGCUGAGGGCAAAUACCUGCGGGGCGAUCACGCCGGAGUCCUGAAGGCCAACGCUGACGACUUGGACAGUUCCACCAUGUGGGAGUACUAGAAGCACUUAAAUUAACCACUGUGGCUUUUGUGUGUUUUUUUUUAUUUUUUAUAAUUUUCCUUCUGUUUUUUGCAUUUUAAAAACAUUUUUUUCCUCUCAAAGAACGUGCACACAGAGGGUUUGAUUGGUGGAGAAGUGAUGCUGAGGGUAUACCUGGCGCUGUUCUUAGUGAGACGUCUUAAAAGGACUGGUUUAAUUUCAAGAUGGAGGCCCACAUGUAUUCCAGCGUCCCUGGGAUGAGUCUGCUCUGCCAAAUUCAGAUUUGUCUGUCUGAAGCCCAUGCAAUUCUCACAGAGCUGUCCAUUAGUCAGCCUGCUUUGAUCAAAAGCCAAAAAAUCUCCCAGCGCUAGUCUCCCGAUGUGCCAGUUGUUCACUUUCUCAGUGUUCACUUUCACAGCAUCUAAAUUGGGUGGGGGGAGGGAGGGAGGGAGGGGGGCGGGGCACAGUGUCCAAAACUGCUGCUUAACUAGAGAUACAUUUUGUAUCUCUGUAUCAUGCGUUUCCCAAUACAUUUAGAUAAAAUGGAGGCACCAGGUUCUGAUCCUGGAUCUGUUGUAGGUUGUAGGGGUGAUGGCUCAGAGUAAAAGAGUGUGAUCCAGCAGAGGUGCCCCUCAAAAGGCUGAGCACACACUCUCCGCCAUAUGUACAGUGUAUGCUGAAAAGCUGAUAUUCAACAAAAGGGAGAAUACAUUACCCACUAUCCUGUUCCAUAACCUCAUCUCACCGGGAGGCCUAAAGUUUAAAGUAGUGUCUGUAUAUAGCACAGUAGUCUCAAAAGAUGCCUUCUCUCCCUCGCCCUGUCCUGAUGCCAAUCCUUGUCGUACGACCCCCUCCCCAUGGUCCAGAUCUGUUCGCACAUGCCCAGAUCGUUGCUGGCCAGAUACAGUGGUAACUGUUUGAAUGUUUGUAGAAAAUGUGAUUAUUUUUUUUUUUUUUUUUUUCUGUCUUCGCCAUUAAUUAAUCUAGAUAAUGAAGUUAAUCUCCCAAAACCACUGGAAGUGAUGAUGUAUGAAGAAUGGUCAACAUGCUGACCAGCUUAAAAAACUUUGUUCUCUGAUUGGGAGAUUGAAAUGUGCUAAUAUCUAAUUAAGAAUGAACUGGAUGUUAUUGUUUGUGCCAUUAUAGCUAUUGUUGAUUAAGAGGGGAAAAGGUAAACUGGAACAUCUCUCAAAAACCAUCUCAAUGACUGAGCAGAGCAGAAGACGCUAGUGUUCCAAAAGAACCCUGCAACAAACUAAGUGGAAGUCACUCUACCAUUGUGUGCUCUGUAGUUGUGGGUGUCACAUUACUUGUAUUCUUCCGAAGUUAUGUUGUUGCAGGUUCAACACAAUAUUUAUGGUUAAUCAAAAAGAAGCCCACCAUCCUUCAUGACCCAUACCAUGAAGGUCGUGAAGGAGUGGCGUGUAUGUGUCUCACAUCACACACAUUAUUUUUUUUAAAGGCAUGUGUCUACCUGGAAUGUGCACUUCAUUCACUUGAAAUAAUCUCAGAACCUUUUUAUUCCUGUUUUCUCAAAGGCACAGACCAUUAUCAUGGUUUCAAUUGCAUAAUCGUUACUCGCUGUUAUCCAAGUUGUAAAUAGUAAUCCUUUGGGGGGGAAAAGAGAAAAAUGAGGCAAACUGAUUAAUCAUCUCAACUUGCGUGAUCGCAUACCACUACCGUCCAUUGCAGGGCGAGAAAGCUGAUUGUUCUGUCUCAGCUUAUGAAGUCAAUCGUUCACAACUGGAAACAAAAGGAGGUCUCAUCUUUUCCCACCCUCACAGCUGGUGAGGGUAAGUUAGUGUACUGCAUGACAAACAAGGGCCCAGCACUGCCUUAGUUUUCACUAAUCAGCAAAACUAACCUCAUGGGUGCCACGACUGCAAAAAACAAACAAACAAACAAAAAAGCACCCCCAAGAUUCCACACAAGUCGUUGAAAACUGGUGCUUAUCUCUUUUUUUACAAAUGCCAUCAUUAUACCAUUACGGAAGACGCAGCAGUAAUCUAAAUGUGAUUGCUGCCUGCUUAGAGCUUUAUCUGAGCACAAGACUGAUUUAUUAACCUGCAAUUUGAAUAAUGGAAGGAAAUCAAUAAGGAUGCGAGAUUUCUGUUUUGUUGUUCUUUGGAAAGAAGGGUAUGAUGAUGACUGUGCCUAUGUAUACAGUAUGGUCAUUAAACAUUCCACAUCUCUACUUUGUAAAAGUAUUUCCUUAUUUUUUUCUAUUAUUUUGAUAUUGUGGUCAUUUUUUUCCUUGUGCCAUGGAUACAACUGAGAUUCAAUAUGAAAUAAAGUAAAACAUUUGAAUAUGAA